CGGAUGUACAGAUGCCAAACCGGAAGAAAAAUGGUACCUGACGGCAAAUGUUAGCCCACAGCUACAAACUUUCGUCCACUGUAAACUACUUAAAAACGCUUAUUCCAACGUAGUUCCUUUUCAAUGGAUGCGACAAGAUAGUUUUACGGCCUCGAAAAGAGACAGAAUUUUGAAUAAAUACAUUUGGUGGUAGCGUACCGCGCUAACUAACACAGCCGGCGGAUAGCCCUGUUAGCUUUGUUAGCUUUGCUAGCUAUCUUUGCUUUCGUAGCUUUGCUAACUUUGCUUGAUAUUGAAUGCAGAAAAUGAGUCUUGCGGUUCACCGCGAGCCCCGAAAGACUGCGGGGAAUCGCAUGUCCAAGUUGCUGGACGCCGAGGAGGAGGAUGAAUUCUACAAGACCACUUACGGAGGCUUCAACGAUGAAUCAGGAGACGACGAGUACCACGAAGAUCACUCGGACACAGAGGACGAGGUGGACAGCGAUUUUGACAUCGAUGAGGGAGACGAGCCGGACAGCGCCCAGGAGGAUGACGCGCCUCGGAGGAAGAGUCGAGUUGUUACUAAAGCGUAUAAGGAACCCGUCAAGUUGGCCAAGCCCAAGCCCAAACCCAAAAGACCAUCAGAGGAAACAAAGAAGACAGAGAAGAAACCCAAAGCGGAGCUCAAGCGGAGAAUUCCACAAGAAUUUCAGGACUAUGGUGGCCGCAAGUCAGUGCGCCAGUCCACCAGCGAGCACACCCGCAAGACUAACCUGCGACUGCAGGAGCGGCAGGAUGCCCCUCGGCGCCGCCGGGGGGCACACCGUGACCGGCCUCUCACCCAAGAUGAGCUGCUGGCUGAGGCCAAGAUCACUGCUGAGCUCAACAUUCGUUCACUGGAAAAUUAUGAGCGCCUGGAAGCGGACAAGAAGAAGCAAGUCCACAAGAAGCGCCGCUUCGAGGGCCCCACCAUCCGCUACCACUCUGUCCUGAUGCCCCUCGUCUCGCCGUCACUUCUCAAAGAGGAGAACGUAGACGUCGAAGGGUUGGACCAGGAUGUCGCUCCAACGGUGCCGCCCAAUCCCGCCACGCCGUCUCAGCAGCCUACCGGUGGCCUCUGCUCACGCACCUACAUGACGUUCAGCGACGACGAGGCGUUCGAAUGUGCGUUCCCUCGAAGCGCUCAGGCAAGUCCACAGGUCCCCGUGCAGGAAAUCUGCCCCGUCACCCACAAGACGGCAAUGUACCGAGACCCAGUCACCGACAUCCCCUACGCAAACGCGAGGGCCUUCCGCAUCAUCCGCGAGGCCUACCGUAAGUAUGUGGCCAUUCACGGCUUCCCCAACGCGUCGGGAGGGAUGACGGGACGCGGCGCAGCCUCGAGAGGCACACGCCACAGGAUGGCAGCCAAGCAGAGCGCAAUUGCCACAUAAAUGGGAUUCUUUUUCUUUCAUCAUGGGAACACUACAGCUAUAAAAACUGCACAAUGGACGGGGGAUUCAUUCUGGAGAUUAAUUUCUGGAACUACAGCUCCAAAUUGAGUGGAUUAACUAAUGCUUUUGAACUCUCUCUCCCAUUCUCUCCCCUUUUUUUGCGGGGGGGGGGUUCUUUUAGUAAACUACCCUUUUGUACUGUGAAAAUAUGACCUUUUUACAAGAAAUAAAACUUGGAGUUAAUGAACUUUAGUUUUUACACAACUCUGUACAUUCUCGGGUGGGAGUAAUUAUGCAAUGGUAAAUGUCCCAUUGAAAAGCAAGUAAUUGUAAAUUUAGUAGGUGGGGGGGUUCCCCUAAAAACAAAAAAUAUUGUCUGAUGUUUUGGAUAAAGCUAUUCAUACGUGCAAAUCCACAAAUGUGGCGGUACAUGCUUUUCAUUAGACUGAUGGUGCUAUUUUUUUACCCCAAUCAAAGAAUGUAGCAACAACAUUUUUAACAUUUGCUACAAGGUUGCCCUACAACUGGAUUGAGUGCACUCCCAUUACAGGAAUCGGGACAGAGGCCUGCUGCUAAUAGCAAAAAUCCUUGAAGAAUAUGUGGAAAAUGCAUGCCCAGUUUUGUAUUAAUUGGUGAAACUGGUGUCUGGGCCUUUAAAACAACUCCUCCUCCCCCCCC